AUGGGAAAGGAAGAUGAACGCAAGCUACGGCGCAUGAAGGAUGACAUUAUGUCGCUCUAUGAUGAAGAAGCUAAGAGGAACCGCAAACAAUCAACGUUCGUACCGCUGUCCCAAGAAGAGAAAGAUGAGAUUCAACAGCUCAGGGGAAAACAUAAUGUUGUCAUAAAGCCGUCAGACAAGGGAAAGGGAUUCGUCUUGUUACCCAGUACACAAUAUGAUGAGAAAGCCGAAGCCAUGCUGGACCAAGAAGCUGACUAUGAGAAGGUGGCCAUGACGGUGGACAAACUGGAUGAGGAGACAAGACGUUUUGUCGACACUCAUCUGAAGAACAAGCUCCCGGAGAAACUGGAGAAGGCAAUUAAACCGAGGCACUCGCGGAUGCCAAGGUUUUACGGUCUCCCCAAAGACCAUAAGGCAGGAUUGCCAUUGCGUCCCGUGGUCAGUUCUUGCGACAGUCCUACAAGUAACCUUUCGUUGAUUGUUGAAAGGAUACUGAAUCAGCUCCUUAUGUUCGUACCUGCUCAUCUAGAUAGCACCGAAGCCUGCAUUGAAGACAUCAAGAGGCAUCGCCAGGUCCCGGAUGGCUGCAUCAUCGCCUCAUUCGAUGUAGUGGGCCUCUAUUCGAACAUUCCUAUAGAUGAGAGCAUUUCGGCCGCUAUUACCAAGCUAGAGCAGCAUAAAGAUUAG